CCAGUCCAGCUCCCCCCCAUGUCCCUCUAUGUCUCACACAGAGCUCGUGGACUGGACCAGCCGAACCGAACCAGCCAGUGGCUCAAACACCGGACCUGCGACCAGCUCUCGACAAAAGCGGCCCACCGCUCGGUGCACGUCGCUGUCAUGCCCAUCGUCCAAAUCCACCUGCCGAAGAACUGUGCCGAUGAGGCCACCUUGGAGCGCAUCCGUGUGGCAUGCCGUCAACAUGUGCUGGACACGUUGUCCGCCGACCGGGCACAUCACGACUACGUCACCGUGGUCGAGGUCCUGGGCAAGAUGGGCGAUGGGGUCCCGUUGGUGAAGGUUGACCAACGGCCCGGGCGCGAGAAGUGGCGCAAGGAGCAGUUCUCCCAACGCAUUGCGAAGACCAUCGCCGACGAGCUGAAGUGCCAAGAAAACCACUGCUUCGUGGUCUUUCGGGAGUCGCCCACGGAGCACAACUUCUACGUGGGCGAUGGCUUCUUGACCCCCUUCAACCCGGCAGCCCACGCCAAGUCGAAGCUUUGAGCGGAGUUCCAGUGGGAGUAAACGAAUGAUUCCUGGUCACUUUGGAGGAAAGCAGAACACGGGCUUUUUGAUCUCC